UCACUUCGGCUGUCGGUCGGGACUCUGGGAGCGAAGAGGAGCAGGUAGGUGAAUUUACUUUUCUUCUCCUUUUUUCCCCCCUCUGAUUUCUCCAAACACCCCCCUGAGGUUACCCCUGACCGCAGCCGGAGGGGGAGCGUUGCCUUCCCCUGGCAGAAUCCAGGAGAUUUUAGAGGCAGGCACGGCGUACCCAAACCGGCCCUUCCCCUCCGUAUAUUCCCCGAGAUUCAAUUCUGAAGCAAAAGAAAAAUAAAUCUCAGUGAACGUAGGCUGUGAAUUCCUGAUGCUGCUGGAGCUGUGAUAGCCCGCUCUGAUAGAAGAGCACUUUGGAAACUUAAUUAGUGAUACAGCAUUUAUAAACAGCGUUUAUAAUGAGAGCCCUUGGCUACCAAGCGUGGCUGUAACGUGGUAUAACCCCUAAGUGCCAGGUAAGCACAGGAGCUCUGCUUCCAGCAGCACAUAAGAAAAGACAGAUACAUGUGAAAAACCACAAGGGAGAGUUUUUAUUAAAAAUGCUUUUCUCUAUUGCUGGCAUAAAAUCAGGAGUAUUUAUGAAACUCAAGUCUCUCAGAUUGCAUGUUGAGACUGUGCCCAAACUUCAGCGCUGUGGAGUGAAGAUGAAGGAGAAAAUGCUGCUGGAUCUUGGGCUGGUGAUGGGAAGCUGCCUGUGAGCAGCGUGAGUAUCUGUGGAUGAGGGGGUAUUUUCGGUACAAACAAGGGAAACUGUACAAUCUGGAGAAACUCUUUAGAGUUUGGGACAUUUUACUGUUAAGUCUCAGGGGAGGGCUCCACCAGCAGACUUGGAGCCUGAUUUUGUAGCUGUGCUUUUGCCCAGCUCGGGUUGCCUUGGUUAAAGUUUUAGUAUUAGAAAGCAAAAUUUUUCAGUGUAAGUCAUACAUAUUUCUGCUUUGUAAAUUCCACUUACUCCAAACUCUUUAUUAAUAAUGAUAUCUAAUGUACUCAAUGGCAAACAAAUGCAAUGAAAUUCCAUGCCCAGGAGUGUCUUGCCCAAAUCAACAGGACUGGGAAGCCCUCAGCACCCUUAAAAAGCAGGUCAGAAGAUGCUGUGCAUAGACAUUAUUACUAAAAUGUUUUUAUGCUUUAUAGAGAUUUUUGAAAUAUUUAAAAACAGCUGUGGUGCAGUGCUUGUAAAAAGUUUGUAUGACUGCAGUAUUAUGUUCCUGUUUCCCAUUAACAGGCAGCUGUUGGUUUUUGAGAGAGUGGGAAUGAGAAAAAGAGAGCUCUAGACCCCGUGUGUGUAGGUUACAUUAGUUGGGGAAAAAUAGGAGAUCCUGGAAAUUAGGUUUCUAUACGUUUCUGUAAGCUUUGAAAUUCAUCAUUGGCUCAUUGCAACACUUCUCAUGUGAUCUCUGUGCCUCUGUGAAAGUUGGUGAGGAUUUUACAGCUGAGUUUGUCGGUGUUGGGGUUGUGCUGCUCCGCUGUGUCUGGGAUGGGUUGUAGGGAUCCACCAGUGCCACCCUCUGUUCAACCUGGACAGGUAGACCUGCCUCGUUCUGCAAUCCCCUCCUCACCUCAACCCCUCUUCCUGAGGUUCAGAAAGGAGAUGUGCAGAAAUGUGAGUUGUUGAGACAAGAAACUGAAGAAAAAACAGCUCCAGAAGGAAAAGGAAAACUUUCAGUAUAUUUUCUGUGCCCAGUGUGGGUGUUUGUGGGUCCUGCUUGUUUCAGGCUGUGCUGAAAAUGUUUCCCAUGUUGAAAUGCCAGUGGAUUCUGUGACUUCUCACUUGAACUGUAAAGAAAAAUGAUCUUAUUUCAUUGCUGUCCUCCUUGGCUGUGUUUUGGUUUUAAUCCAGUGUUUUUGUCAAAUCGGGGACUCUACUUGCUGAAGUGUUUUGCACAGUGAUUGGCAGGGAGAAAAACACACUAUUUACAUAAGAAAUGGAAAAAUUUCUUAUACACAACAGCAAAGUCAGUGGUUCUGGAACACAGUCUUUUAAGAUACAUGUGUUAAAACGGACUCUGAUUCCUUCCUUUUUAUGGACACUUUCCCAGUUAUACAUAAAAUGGUUUAUCCUUGCUGUGUUAACUUACACUCUCUGGGAUAAAGUGAUAGUUACAAGUUUUAAUAAAUCUCCUUAUUUAGCUCCCUGUUCCCUGUAACUGUUCUGGUAACAGUUGUAUUCUUUCUUAUGGUGAAAUUAGAAAUUUUGGCCAGUUCAAUAUUGUCACUGGAAAAGAUUUUGAGAAUCCCUCUGUGGUCCAGUAGUACAUUUAUCCUGCCCUGGGAUUUAUCUGUAGAUAUCUCUUUUUACUCAAUUCCCCUAUAGAGUUUACAUAAGGAAGAUUGAACUCUGAACAGAAAAAUGCUGGGGACGUGCAGCUUUUUGAUCAUGUACAGCACUGGUUCAUGGAUGUUGCUGGAGCCAGGAUUGGAAAAUAACUCCUUUGUAAAAAUCAAUGUGACAGAAGUAGGAAGAGAAGAUGUCCAAGCUGGUCUGAACUUUAUUUUUACCUCCUGGUCCAAAUAUUGUUCAUUAUGACUGAACUAGUGCUGACAUCAGAAUCUCUUUGAUUGUUCUGUCUGGUCAUUUUUAUGGCAGAUUCCUUGAGGCUGGAAAAGCCCUCCCAAGAUCGUCGAGUCCAGCCUGUGCCUGAUCCCCACCUUGUCACCCAGCCCAGAGCACUGAGUGCCACAUCCAGUUGUUCCUUUGACACCUCCAGGGAUAAGGACUCCACCACCUCCCUGGGCAGCCCCUUCCAAUGCCUGAACACUCUUUCCAGGAAGGAAUUCUUCCUGAGUCUUUUUCAUUUCUAGCAGGAAGUGACAAAGCCUUUAUCUUCAGUAGACUACAUAUAGUUAUCAUUUUCCCUCUUUAAGGUGUAGGGGGUUCUGGGCACCUGUAGUUGUUUUAUUUUCAGUGUGUGUAGGUAUUGCAUGGAGGAAACUAUAACAUCCAUGGCCUAUGGAUAAUUUUAUAAGUUUCUGAAAUGUAUAUCCAAUCUUCUUGUACAACAUAUGGAAGUGAUUUGUGCCAGUUUCCUGCUGAGAAGUGGCUGAGCUACAAACAGGGAAUUUUUGUUGCACCUGUAAAAGAGGGAUAUGGACCGUUUCUCAUUAAACCAUUUAAUAGUAUAAAUAAUGUACACUGCUGUCAAGUAAACUGGUUUUAGAGGGUUUUUUUCUCUUCUCUCAGAAAUUUGGAGAAAAUCUGAGUAACUUCAAUUACAGCCUUUUGGAAAUAGUCUCUGCCUGUAUCUUUGUGAAAUGACAGAUUUGACAGCAGAUUGGAGCCAGGUCGUUCCUCUGGCCUUCAUGGCUCUCCUGUUAGGAAUAGGCUAAUGGAAGAGGUACAGGUCCAUCUGACAACCGUGCUGAGGCAAAUUGUUCUCUCAAGUAGGGGCUGGGAAAAUUUGAGCUGUCCUCUUUAAUUGCUGAAAAUGUAGCUUAAAUGUAUCCUGAUUGUAACCUGGUGAGUGGGAAGAAAGUGAAUGGGACUGAAUCAUCUUGCAGACCACAGUGCAGAUGGUCUGUGCUGGAGAAAUGGCUCAGCUCUGGCUCCAGCUGAAUUUGCAAGGGGUUUUCUUGUGGGGAGACAAGAAUUCUGGAAUAUUGUCACUUCACUGGUCAGUUGUCUGCAUAUAUACAGAUAAUAUACAACAGUACAUGCAGCCCCAAACUGGAAGGCAGGUGGAUUACAUAACCCUGGCACUGACUCUUUUGGCUACAUUGAUGUUCUCAAGGAAACGGUUCUCAGAAAUAUUUAAGGAAUGGAAUACUUUGGAGGGAUUCCCUCAGUAUGAUUUCUUGCCCUGGCAUUUGCUGUCUGAGUUGAGCUGUAGGUUUUACUCAUCACUCAGUUCUGGUUAAAUACAACACCAGCCAAACUCUGUUUUAUUCUGAUAUCCUUUAUGGAGUUUUAAGCAUAAAAAUGCUUAUAUUUAGAUUUGAACAGAAUUUGUAUAACUAUGGAAUGAAAAUAAAAAAGGACAAAGUGCCUGAAAUGAAAGAACAAUAUUGAAAUAGUACUGUAAAAUUUAGUGAAGUCUUCACUGUUGAAAUGGGUGCCCAAGUGCUUUUCUUUAUGCUGCACUUGGAAAAUUGGGUAUCCCUGGGACAUUUUGGUUGUUUGGGUUUGUGGUGCCUUUCAGACCAAACCCAGAAGGUGAACAGUGAUCAGCAAAAGCCUGGAGGAGUGAGGGCCCUAAUGAUGAAAGAGUUGUAUUUGUGUUUAAUUGGUAUUCUAAGCAAAGCUUUUUUCCUCAAAUGACAUUCUGAUUUUGUUUUUCCUUUCUGGCCUGUUCUUCCUUUCCCUGGUCCAGUGGAAGGUGUCCCUGCCCAUAGCACAGGGUGGAACAAGAUGAUCUUCAAGGUCCCUUCCAACCCAAACCCUGGGAUUCUAUGAUUGUGUUUACAAAGGUUUAAAUUUCUGUAUGUUUUUCAGAUCAGCUCUACAAAAGAAGAUGUAUUGGCAAAUCGUUCUGACCAUGCUUGUGCUGUUGGACUCUCUUCAAAUGGCAGUUGCCCAUUGUGUGGUCCAUCCAGUUCCUCCCAGGAACUUUACAUUACCCUGUGUGCUGCUGAAUGAGACAUUUUUGAGCCCAUUCUCUGCUGGAGUUGAGAGUUGGUCUGGUUUGAGGAGAGACCAUCAUGGGACAUCUGAAAUCAAACCUCUAAUGAAUGAAGAAAGUUUUCUGUGUUGCCUUUGGAGUGACAACAACAUUGACUGCUCUUUGUACAGAGCGAGCCUGCAGGCAAGGAAGUUUAUUCCUUCAGAAAUAAAUAUCUCUGCUUCUCAGGAAAUAGGUCAGGAAUGGGUAAUCCCUUUCUUUUGUUUAGAUUCAAACUGGAACAUGGAAUGUUGGAUUAAAGGCAAGCUGGACCUGUUGGUUUGUAACCUGCGGGUUUUGAGGUUGCACUUGAGAGAGGACUUGAAGGUUAAUCUUUUAUAUGCUGGCUCGGAGCUGUCCCUGGGAGAUGUGUCCACCAGCUCUCUCCAGGGGACUGUGAGGGUUGCUCAGUGUGACUGCACUGAGGGUGACACAUGUGAGUGUCUUGUGCCCUCUCUGAGGCUCAACCACACCUACAUCAUGUGGCUGAAGAUGCUGGUUGGUGUGACACCUCUGUGGUCACCUUUGUUGUCAGUCAAGCCCAUUGACAUAGUAAAGCCUGAACCUCCUUUGAACCUGCACCUGGAAAUGACAGAGGGAGGUGAGGUGAAGAUGUGCUGGUCUGACCCUGCACUGCUGCCAUACCCUCUGCAGUACCAAGUGAGGAUCUCUGCAAGGCCAGGGCACAGCACUUGGCAGAUGGUUCAAGUUGCUCUGGAAGCCUCACUGGCCAUUGACAACACCCUACUUGAUUCCUCUUCCUUGGUUCAAGUGAGGUGCAGGAAUCACCAGGGUCUUGGGUUCUGGAGUGACUGGAGCACACCCUAUGAUCUCAGUUUGGGAGCUGAAGUCCUGUACUUCCCUCCUCAGAUCCUGACCAGUGCUGGUUCUAAUGUUUCAUUUCACUGCAUCUAUAAAAACAAAAGCAAGAUUGUAGAGCCCCAGGAGGUUGUUUGGUGGCUGAAUUUAGCAGAAGAAAUCCCAGCCAGUCUUUAUACCCUUGUGAGCGAUCGCGUAAGCAAAGUUACUCUUUUCAACUUGAAAGCAACCAAACCUAGAGGAAGUUUCUUCUAUGACACAUUGUACUGUUGUCACCAAAGUAGGGAAUGUCAUCCUAGAUACGCUGAAUUAUAUGUAGUAGAUAUGAAUAUUAAUAUCACCUGUGAAACAGAUGGAUACUUGACUAAAAUGACUUGCAGUUGGUCUGCAAACCCAAACAUGUUGCUCCCUGGGAGUUCCUUGCAGUUAAGAUACUACAGGAGCCAAAUUUAUUGUUCUGACUUUCCAAGCCCAUCUCCAGAAUCAGAGGUGAAAGAAUGCCAUUUGCAGAAGAAUCAUUCCUACGAGUGCACAUUUCAGCCUAUUUUCCUUUUAUCUGGAUAUACCCUGUGGAUAGAGUUCAAGCACUUCCUAGGAACACUUGAAUCCUCCCCAGCCUGUGUCAUUCCAGCAGAUGUGGUGAAGCCGCUUCCCCCUUCCAAUAUCAGAGCAGAACUCACCAGGAAUGUGGGGCUGCUGAACGUGAGCUGGACAAACCCUGUGUUUACAAACAGUGAUCUGAAAUUCCAGAUCCGGUAUGCAGUGAACAGGGAAGAGAUUCCAUGGGAGCUCUGUGAAGUCUCAAACCCCCCAAGCAGCUCAGCUGUGAUCGAAGUUGAGCAGCUGUGUGUGGAGUACGUUGUCCAGGUGCGGUGCAGGGAGCUGGACGGAGCCGGCUACUGGAGCGACUGGAGCGGAUCAGCCCAAACACUUGUGCAGGACAUCAGAGCUCCCUUGCAAGGCCCUGAAUUUUGGAGAAUCGUUACCGAAGAUCCAGCAAGGAGGCAGAAGAACGUUACGCUCGUGUGGAAGCCACUGAUGAAGAACCACUCGUUGUGCAGCGUGAGCCGAUACAUCAUAAAGCACCAGACAUCAGGGAACACCUCCUGGGUGGAAUAUGUUGAUCAUGGCACCACUUGGUCUUUUCCAUGGACGGAGCACACUCACACCAUCACAGUUUUAGCCAUGAAUUCCAUUGGAGUUUCUUCAGUUAAUUUUAAUUUAACCCUCUCACAGCAAAUGAGCAAAGUGGACGCCGUGCGGUCGCUGAGCGCUUACCCCGUGAACAGCACCUGUGUCGUCGUGGUCUGGACUCUCUCACCCCAAAUCUAUGUGAUAACAUCCUUUGUUAUUGAGUGGAAGAACCUUAACAAAGAAGAGGAGACGAAAUGGGUGCGAGUUCCUCCAAAUAUGAGUAAAUAUUACAUUUAUGAUUACUUUAUUCUGAUUGAGAAGUACCAGUUCAGUCUGUACCCUGUGUUUGCUGGAGGAGUUGGCAGAGCCAGAGCAACGGAUCAAUUUAGCAAAGGUGGAUUUGAAAAUGAGAAUAAUGGCAGCCUCUCCGUGGUUCUGCCAAUAGUUAUUUCAGCCUCAGUUUUGUUGCUGGGAGUGUUGCUGGUUUCACACCAAAGAAUGAAGAAGCUGCUUUGGGAGGAUGUUCCGAACCCCAAGAAUUGCUCGUGGGCACAAGGAGUUAAUUUUCAGCAGCCUGAAACUUUUGAGCAUCUUUUUACCAAGCACCCCGAAGCCACAUCAUUUGAGCCUCUCCUGGAUGCAGAGAUAGUGCUGGAAGACAUCAGUGUCACCAAAGCUCCAGAAAAAGAAGACACACAAGAUUUUUUAGGAAUUGCUUCCAUGUUUCCAAACGCCCAAGACUCUGAACGUGACUCUGCUUGCUCGAGCAGCCACUUCAACAGCAGCAGUUCCUCCCAGAGCUCCCAGGAGGAGCAGGGAUGUGGAGGAAUCGACCUCAAAUACGCGACUGUCAUCGGCAACUCCCGAUCCGAUGGGCUUUGCGAGCGGAAAAUGAGUCCAAGCAGUUGUUUUGAUCGGCGCUUCUUAGCAGAAGAUUCCACAGUUUCAGGUGCCUUCUCCGGUAGCACUUGGGAGGUGGGAAGUGGGGUGUUUCUGGUGUUCCCUGGCUCACCUGGCAGGCAGCCCAGCAAGACCCUCUCCCUUAUCUCUUCAGAGGGGUUUUCAGAGCCUUCCGACCACGACGAUGCUUUCAUGGACAGUCCUGAGCGGAGCCUGUGUUACCUUGGGAUAACUCCAUUGGAAAAAAGAGAAAAUGAUAUUUUUCUAACAGAAAGUUCUGGGGUGCUGUGUCAGUUCCAUGCAAGGGAUCUGCUCACAGACACGGGGGAUCUCCAGCACACACCGACGGAUGUCCGUGGGUUUGUCCAAAGUAGCCUCAAGCCCAAAGCCCUGGUGCCAUAUGUGCCACAGUUUGGGAUGGCUGCUGCCAAGGGAAAGGAGGCCACAGAGAAAAACUCUGCUGUCAUCGCACCAUAAUUUGAGACUCCUGGUGGUUUUUUAGGUGUUGAUGCAUUCCCCUGUUUUUCCCUCUCCUGACUCCCUCCAGGAGCUCUCUUGGAGCUGGGUUCUGUGUUUAAGUGCCAGGAUUUUAGGAGGAUAAAAUUCCAUCCCUUGAGCUAAUUUUCAAAUGUGAGGCCUUUCCUUAGAGAUCUGAUUGUCCAAGUUACUUCAGGUACCAGGUUACCUAUUGGUGGUGCCUGUUAGAGGUGUUAGGUCUGAGAACUCCAGUGAAGAAUUGGACUUGAAAUCGGAUUGGGUGCUGUAGACAGUGGAGUGAGAGGCUUUGGGAAACUCUCAUACACCCACCAGGGGUUCAGAAGGAUUCAACACCAUCCACCAAAUGAACCCAGUGCCUUUCUUGUGCAGUCACUGACUGUCCCUUUGUCCUGGUGUGGGUUCCAUCCGGUUCUGUAGCCUUGGGCUUCCCUCCAUUUCUUGUUGUCCAACAGUUUUCCCCUGGGAAGAGCACGUGUGUUGGCAGCACAGACCCACACACACAUCUUCUCUCUGUUCAGGAGUGAAGUGUCUCCUCAAACUGCAUUCAAAGAGCAUGUUCUGGUUUUAGGGUUCACCUGGGGAGCCUGAGGAUGAGGGAGCAAGGAGUGACCUGAUAUGUAGACUGAAAUAUUUAUAUAGGAGGUGGUUUGUGGGGGGGAGAGCUUGAAUGUGUCAUUUCACUGGGAAUGAUUUGUGACACUGAAUGCUACGGGCUGAGUUGAGCUGGAUGUGUUUGGACGGAAGGGGUCAAGCAGUGAAAGGCUCAGGGAAGCCUCAAGAAGAGGAAGAGAAUAAAAAUUCUUGAGUUUCCAUUAAUUGUGGGUGUUACCUGGAUAAACUGAUGUUUGGAAGUUAAACAUCCACACUUUUGUUGUUGAACACAAGAUUCCAGUACAAAUGGUACUACCAUAAAACCGACAUCCCUCCUGACUGCUUUCCUAAGAGUCUGCAGUGGAAAAGACAGGAAUUUGAUCCAAGGAACCUGUAUUUUUGAUCUUGUGUGAGCUAACCUGUCUGUAUAGACUUGGAGAAGUCAGUUUGCCUCCAUGGCCCUACUCCACUCAGUGGGAAAGCUCCAGGUGGGAGGGAAAUCAGGUCUUGCAUCCUGGCUGUAUUUUCUGGGAUAGACAGGUAAAAAAGCCCACACCUAUUUGCAAGCCAAAUCUGGGUGUUUUUUUACUUCAUAGUUGGUAAAUAUUUUUGUACAUGUGCCUUUUCAGAGAACUAUUUUGAGGAGCUAAGAAGGAUGAAUUUAUUGUGUAUUCCAAAGCUAAAUCUCUGUAAAACUUAACAGAGGCAAAACCAAGCAACAACAGUGAAAACCAAAGCAAGUGUGAAUUUAAGCCCAGCUUCACACAAAACCCAACUGCUGUUUUUUUGGACAAGCUGCUGACCUGGCUCUUGUGGGCUGCUUCAUUUCUGAUGUUGACUGUGAUACAGAUCUGAUGUUUUGGUUUCAAAAAUAUUGUGUGUGGUAAGGGAUUAAAAGAUGUUUUGUGUUGGGGACCCCAAAACUUGCUGUCGCUAUGAUUGGAGGCUGUGGGACAAACCUGCAGGUUCCUGCAGCAUUCCAGGGGUAAAGCUGUGAUGAGCACCCAGGGGAAUGCUGGCUUAGGAUUUAUCUGAGAGAAGGAAUUCCCUCCUGCUGGCAUGGGAACUUGAUAUGGCACAACUCCAAGGUCCCGGGAAUAGGCUCGGCUGUUGGGUUCUGCCUCUCCAGGUGGUUUGUCCAUCAGAUCCAACAUCCCCUGGAGUGUGAAGAUGGGGAGGUGAGUGUCCAGAAAAUUAAUUUAGUUGUGUGUGAAGAUCAUCUUUCUCAAGACAUGAAAAGCUCACAUUGAUUUUAGAGCACACAGUCCUUACCCAGUAACUCUGUAAGGACAGGAGUAGCAUUAACCAUGGGAAAGAUCAGCUGAGGGAACCAGGGAAGGCUUUCCUGGGAACAUGGGAAAAUGCAGGAGUUAAUCUUCUGUCCCUGUCAUGCAGGACUGUGCCUGCAGCUGUGCUCAGGAAUUGCUGUGUUAGGAGAAGUGCACAGGGUCUUCCCUCGAUGGAUGGUGGUGGCAGCACUUCUGGGAGUCCAGCCUGUCCUCGCACUGCCAUCCCAUGGUGUUUCCAAAUGGCCAGACCAAGUGUUGCUCCUUAGGAAAACAAAUUCAUCUGCUCUACAAAAGUCCUGCUGUGGAGGUAGGAAAUACAGCAAAUGUGAGCUGGUCUCUUCUGCUUCAGCAAAAAGAGAUUUUCGGUGUAAUUACUGUAGAACCCAGUGACAGAAUCCCUUCCUGAGGUUCCUGGUCGUGCAGGUGAACCCAGGUCCCGACCCACAGCUGAGGUCACAGCUGUACCAGUUUAUCCAAUAAAUAAUUCCUGAAA